CACGACUGCUUCACGGUCUGGGGAAGCUUCUUGCCGCACUCAACAUGGCGGACAAAGAGUCCAAGAAAGAUGUCGCCCCCACCAAUCCGCGAGGCAUCCCAUAUGCGCCAUUCGUCGACAAAGUCGAAGACUAUGUUUCCUCCCGGGCGGAUGUUGAGACGACUUUGAAGAGUUUUCAAGAGAUGAUAUCGAAAUAUCAGUUUAUGGAGGCAAACAUGCAACGGCGGGCAGCAGGUCUGAAAGAGAAGAUGCCGGAUAUUCAAAAGACUCUGGAGACUGUCCAAUUCUUGAAGACAAGAAAACCUGGCUCCGACCCAAUAGAAGCCACAUUUGAGCUCAACGACACAUUAUAUGCCAAGGCACAUAUACCGCCUACAGAAGAGGUCUAUCUAUGGCUGGGGGCUAACGUCAUGUUGUCAUAUCCGAUUGAUGAGGCCGAAGAGCUCCUUGCCUCGAAGCUAGCGGCAGCAAAACAAAAUUUGGCAAAUUGCGAAGAAGAUCAUGAUUUCUUGAGAGAGCAGAUUACGACUAUGGAAGUAGCGACGGCACGAGUGUAUAACUGGGAUGUCACUAUGAAGCGGAAAGAGAAGCAGGAGCAGGAAGCGCUUGAAGAGAAAGGGAAGAAUGGACCCCCUAAUGGCUAAGAGUCGACAUAAUGCAUAAAAGAAAAGAAAGAUUGUCUUAAAAAGCCGUUACGCAAGACGGACCAACACCGCAACCCUAACCCAGAAAAACAUGCGCCGUGCGAAGUGAG